UAUUAUAUUUUGUAUUGCUAUCUCUUCUAAUAUUUUCAAAAAAAGUUGAUCUCCUUUACACCCGCAGAGUAAAGUAAUUCACUACUCUUUCUGAGCUUUCUAAUAGAAUAACCAGUUAUCCACGUGAGAAUAGUACUCUCUUAGAACCCUUCUUAAACGAAUAAUCAAAACUGAAGACAACUAAAGCUUUUGUCUGCUCUCAUUGAUAGAAACAGUUUUCUUUUGUUCCUUUUAAACGGUUUAGGGGUGAUUUGUACUACAAUUUACAUUAGAAAUAUUUAUAUUUGAAAAAUUGAUGCAGAAGAGAGUCAGAAUAUACGACAACGUAGAAGAUGUAUAACCUUAUCAUUCACCAUGAUUAUGUUUGAGUGUUCUUUUGCAUGAUAAUUACUUAGCAUGUGGGGCUGAGGAUGAUGCUUAUGUUUGCUGAUAAUAAUGGGAAAAGCCUAAAUUCUAUGUAUUGGGUUUGUUGUUAUAGAUACAACUUCGACUUAUUAUAAAACAAUUCAUGGUAGUUCACCAGAACAUCGACAUUCUUCCCAUAUUCCAUUAACAUGUUUAUUUAGUACAAGAGUAAUUCGUGGUGCUAUAUCUACACCAGAUUUAGAUAAGUUAUUGGAACGAAAACAAGCAGGAAUUGUCUGCUCUGAUAUAAAAUAUGUUCAUCCAUUAGAAACAUUGAAUGCUAAAUUAAAUUAUAAAAUAUUAGAUGAUUUUAUUCAAAAAAUAACUGAUCCAAGCAUUAGACUUUUACCACAAACAACAACAACAACAGCUGCUGAAUCAGAUACAGAUGAACAUCAACAAAAUUCAAAAGGUUUUACUGUUGAUAUUGUUACAACAAAUAAAAAUCAAACAUUACAUCGUUUUUCAAGAUCAAAUCAAUAUCCAAUAAUUACAAUUAAUGAAUCACCACAUGAACCGAAUGAUUAA